AACUAGGGCGGCAGACGCGGUCGCGUUUGAUGAUCACAUGAUACCAGCCACUUCGUCCGGUCCGGUACCCGUCUUCCUUUUUCAACCAUGUCACUUCCGGCGCUACGACUCCUUCAGCUUUCCCGACGAUGUACACCCCGUUGGAAUAUCCAAUCGUUUCCAAAAGGGCACAGAAUUCCAGGAUUUGCCAACCUUCGCUGCAUUUCGAGCUCUCGAAAUCAAUCUAUCCUUCCCGUCCAGAAAUCCUGGGUUGAAAAACUACCACCGAAAAUAAGACCAUAUCUGUAUCUGAGUCGAAUAGACAAACCCAUUGGCACCUUGUUGCUCUUCUAUCCCUGCACCUGGUCCAUUUCAAUGGCUUCAUACGCGCUUCAAGUACCAUACACCGUACCGAUAACCUUCAUUAGUCUCUUUGGCAUAGGAGCAUUUAUAAUGCGUGGUGCUGGGUGUACAAUAAAUGAUAUGUGGGAUAAACAUCUCGAUAAAGCUGUGGAAAGAACGCGGGAAAGGCCCUUAUCGCGGGAGGACAUAACGACCACACAAGCUGUUGGUUUCCUUGGAGUCCAAUUGUCGGCCGGACUGGCCGUGUUGCUGCAAUUCAACUGGUAUAGCAUCUUCCUGGGAGCUGCGUCCCUAUCUGUGGUUACAAUAUAUCCCUUCAUGAAACGCGUUACGCAUUGGCCACAGGCCGUUCUUGGUCUAGCUUUCAACUGGGGAGCACUUCUCGGCUGGUCCGCUGUCGCAGGCGUCACCAAUUGGAGUGUUUGCCUACCAUUGUAUGCAGGGGGCGUCUGCUGGACCCUAGUCUACGAUACCAUUUACGCUCACCAGGACAAGAAUGACGAUGUCACUGUUGGCAUCCGUUCUACCGCUCUUCUCUUCGGUGAUCACACACGUUCCAUACUCAGCGGUCUUUCGGUUGCGUCGGUAUCUCUGAUAUCCUAUGCCGGAAUUCUCAAUUCUCAAGCCGCACCCUUCUACUGUGGUGUAGGACUCGGCGCCUUACAGCUAGCUCGUGUCCUAUAUGAGACGGACUUUGAGAGUCGACCCAGUUGCUGGAAAGGUUUCGUUGGAUGUGGUUGGGCCGGCUUUUGGAUAUGGAUGGGCGCUUUCGGCGACUACGUCUUUUCAAUAACCGGGUUGUUAUCGUAGUUACGUUGAACAAAGGUCAUGUCAUUACA